GGUAACAGGUUGUCUUUAGCAAAUGUCUUGUUAUCCCUUGGGUUUAUGAGUUAGAGCUGUCACAUUUAAAGAGACCUUAUUUACUUUUACACUACUAAGUUAGUUCUCAUGAAGGCGACCCACAGGGAGGAACAGAGGAACAUUCCGCAGAGUGAAAUAUAAACUUUGCCUUAACAUCAAGAUGUCCGCUCCUGUCUCAGGUAGGAAGACCCCUGUGGACCAUGGCGUACAGAUUCGCUUUAUAAAUGACCUGCAGGACACCGGAGGGGGAGUGAGUGGGCAGCCUCGGAAAGAGGCACCCAAAAAGUUGCAGUCUCGCUAUGGAGUGGCAGUGAGGGUGCAGGGCAUCGGUGGGCAGCCCUAUGUUGUACUGAAAGGAGAAAAAGGAGAUUCAUAUGGAGUACAGCUGAGAACCCAACCACCUGCCUACAGCAGCCUGCCUAGGAGGAGAGAAAACGGAGUAAUUCAGGGGCCAUAUUCCUCAUCUGGAGAGAACACCCCUCUGCGUCGGGCUCAGUCUCAUGGCUCUCUGUUGGAUAGAGAAAACGGCAGCGAAGACUUCACAGAUCAACUCCGACGUCCACUUGGAGAUGGACGCUCUGGUAGCUACGGCAACCUGGAUGGAGGUAUUGGUAUGGCAGCAGAGAAGGAGCGGACCAAAGAAAGGAUGGAGAGAAAUCAGUGGGGUGGAUCCUACCAGACAGGGCUGAAUGGCACCUUGGGAAGGGGGAGAGGUGGAGGCAGUCACUACACCUCGCCCGAAUCAGUUGAAAUAUCUCCACACAACCAGCACACUCACAGCCAAUCAGCUCUCAACUCCAUCCGCCAGACGCCUGCCCACAGACUCUCCGACAGGUUUGAUGGGAGCUCUGCUGCACAGGGAGGUAACACUGGGACCAACUCUAGGGGGCGCUAUCCCAUCCCAUCUGCAGACAACAGACCCACCUCAACCUCACAAUUACCUGCUGCUUCUUUCUUACCAAACACAUACUCUUCACCGCGGUCUUCCUCGCCUGCUUCUGCCUACAGCAGCCUGGGCCGUGGCACAGGUUCUGUCGCCAAGGUCACUGCUGUCUCUUCAUCCCCUCCAGUUGAUGGUCAUGUAACUCCUGAUCUUUUGAUGGACCAGGGUCAAAGUUCAGGGUCCGAGUUCUCAACCGAAGAUCAGAUACAGCAGAUGAUCUACGAUGUUCUACGUCAGGGGAGUACAGAGGGAGAUGCUGUCAUUAAGCACAGAGUUCGAGUCAUCUGUAAUAAGAUUCAAGGACUGAAGGUGAACAGAUCUGACGACUCCUUGAAGGAGGAGCUUGAGAAAUGUCUGGAUGAAAAUGUACAGCUGCAGGAACAGCUGGGCCGGAAGAACACAGAGCUGCACCAAACACAUUCAGAGCUAACUCAGAUACGAAUGGACCGAGAGAAUGCAGAGUCUCAUGUUAGAGAGCUGGAGGAUCAGCUGGCAGGACUACAGGAGGAGCUGAGGAGAGAGACAGAAAACAAAGCUCAGGCUGACACUAUGCACAUGGAGUUGAUGGCAGUGAGAGGUGAGUUGGCCGAAGCUGCAGCUCUGUGUCACAAGCAGGAGGACAUUCUGAGGCAGAGAGAGAGGGAGCUGACUGCUCUAAAAGGGGCACUGAAAGAUGAGGUUUCCACACAUGACAAGGAGAUAGAGGCUCUCAGAGAGCAGUACAGCCAUGACAUGGAGCGACUACGAACAAGCAUGGAGCAGGUUUCACAGUCUCAGGCAACCAUUGAAGCAGAGCGUCACCAUGUGAACUCUACGGUAAGGUCUCUUCAGCUGCAAUUGGAGGACAGCAGAGAUGAGGGAAACCACUGGAGAGAGCAGUUUCAGUCCAGUAGAGAAGAGUUACGCAACACCAAACAAGAAUUACUCCAGGCUCGUUUGGAGAAAGAGGAGUUUGAGGAGGAGCUGAAAGAUCUGCAGGAGAAAGUCAACACAAUGAAACAGCAGAUACCAGAUCCCAAGCAGACCCAGACAGUCAGCCAGGAACUUGAUCGUUGUCGUACUGACCUAAAGAAGACCCAAACAGAUAUGGAUAAAUUAAAAACAGAUCUUGACAAGAAGACAAUGGAAAUUGUGCUAUUAAAGAAGAGCAAACAGGAGCUUGAAGCGGAGCAGAAAUAUGAGAUUGAGAGAUUGAAGGACCAGUCACGCAGAGAUAAAGAAGAGUUGACGAAAGCUCAUGAGAGGGCCAAACAGCUAGCUGAACCCUCAUUGGUGGAGGCUCUGCGCAAAGAGUUGAGUGACAUGCAAGAGGAGACGGGCCGAAUGCGCAGUCAGCUACUUUCAACUGAAGAAGAUCUGCAGACAGAGAGAGACAAACUCAGCUCUGCUCAAACCCAAGCAGACCAUCUGGCACAUGAGCACAAGGAACUCGAGGAAACCAACACGCGUAUGAAGGAGAGAAUCACACGCCUUGAGUCUCAGCUUCAGGAGCGCACGUCUCAGAGUAUUGAGGCUGAACAGGAGCAGCAGGAGGAGACCAAGAAACUGAGGCAGCAGUUAGAGGAGUCCAGGCGUGAGAACUCCAGACUGGGUCUAGAGCGGGACGAGCUGACCCGUAAUCUGGAAGAGAAGGAGAAGGACAGAGACUCUGUCCACAAGGAGAACACACAGCUCGAGGAUCAGAAGAGGCAGCUGGAGAGAGCACUAGACAAACUUAAUAAAGAGAUGGAGCGCUUGUCUGCAGCUUCCCGUGAGGAGGUGCGGCUCCUGCAGGCUCAGCUGGACGAGCAGAGAGAGAAGUGGAGGAAAGAGCAGCAGGACUCACAUAAAAACACUAAAGAGAAGCUCAGUGAGCUGGAGAGAGCUCAGAGCACCAUCCUUUCUCUACAGGAAGAGUUGGCCCGUCAAAAGAAGGAGCUGUUCUCAAGUUAUGAGGAUCGAGACAAUGCUUUAUUAGAUAAAGAGCUGCUCACUAACCGCCUCAAACAUUUGGAGAGUGAGAUUGAGACACAGCGCACUACACAAAACGACCGCUCAAGAGAGAUCCGCAGCUUGGAGGACAAAAUCAAGCACCUGCAGCUUGAGUUAGACGAGGAAAAGAACAAUGCAGAAAUGCUGACAGAAAGAAUCACCAGGAGCAGAGAUCAGAUUGAACAGCUGCGUGCAGAGCUCAUGCAAGAACGAUCCUUCAAACAAGACCUGGAACUGGACAAGAACGCUCUGGAGAGACAGAUAAAGGAUUAUAAAUCUCGUGUAGCUGAGAUGGAGGGCCAGUCACGUUCAUCGACUGGUGUGUCUCAGCUGGAAAACAAAAUCCAGGACCUCGAGGAACGAUUGCGUGCAGAGGAGAGAGAGAAGAGCUCGGUGGUGUCCUCUCAGCGACGGUUGGAGAGGAAACUAAAGGAGCUGAACAUCACCCUUGAUGAGGAGAGACAGCAGCACACAGAGCAGAGAGACCAGCUGACUCUGCGUGUGAAGGCUCUGAAGAGGCAGGUGGAUGAAGGAGAGGCAGAAGCAGAGCGGCUGGAGGGAUUGAGGAGGAAGGCCAUCAGAGAAAUGGAGGAGAUGCAGGAACAGAAAGAGGCGCUGCAGUCCAAAGUCAUGGCACUAGAGAAUGAGCUCAAGAGGAAGAUCCAGCAGGCCCGACAGUCAGCUCUAGAGUCUUCAGUGCUCAGCUCUGAUGAUGAUGAUGAUGAUGAAGGAUUGUAUGAUCAUUCCAGCAUAACCUCCAUCCUCACCGAGAGCAACCUACAGACCAGUUCCUGCUGAAGAUUGAGAGAGGAAUCUGGAAUUCCUCUUCAUUGAUGCUUCAUUCCUGGACACACAGUAGCUUCAGUCCUGCUCCAAAACUGAUAAUAGAAACUCCAGUCUUCUGGUUUCCACUUUUGACCUUACGCCACAUCACUAUAUUUAUAAACCAGAUUGUAACAUCUGAGGUUAAAUCAUCUAUAAAACCAGAUGACAUAUUUUCACACAUAUUUUCACUUGUCAGCGAGUCAAACAGAUUUCAGACAGCUUUAUUUAUCAGUUCCACCUUAGAGACUCUUUUAAUGAGAAAAGCCUUAAUGAUGCCUUUUUAGAAAAGAUCAGUUCAGCGUUGAAGUUAUUUAGAAACUGAAUUUCACCUCAGUUCAACUUCGCAAAGACAAUUUUGGUUUAUUUUAAGUAAUUAGGGAUUAAUAGAAGAAAUAAGAACUUUUGUAAAAAAAAAAUGAAUUAACAGAGAGUGAGAGAAGGAUUUAAUUUUGUUUUAAGGGCCUUGUGACCGAUUAUGAGCACUACUGAUUUCUUUAUGUGUGUGUUAAUAGAGGCUGAUGGGAGAUGAAGGAUAUCAGGGUAUUAGAAGAAGGGAAAUGAACACAGCAGUGAACAUUUUUCCAAAAAUCCAAUUUGCAGAGAACAGGGAAAUGAAUAAAAAUAAUGUCACUAUAAUGUAGUAUAGUAACACAGAGAGAUGCAGAUAACAGUCCAAAACAUGCUUCUAAACUGUUCCAAGAGAAUAGAUGAGAACGAGGGAAAUCAAGGUUUAGUAACAAGAAAGGUAUUAUUUUUCAUUCUCUGGUUAAGACUCCAGCUCUUCUUAAAAACGCUUAUUUCUUUAUGUUUACCGAGUGGGAAAAAGACAGAUAAAUCCAGGUACGAGUGAAUCAACAUUACAAAGAUGCAUUAGUGAUGCUAAAAUCACAAUCACAAUAAAUACACUUACAUUUCAGCUAUAUUUCCUUCAGUUUCCAUAUAAAUGCUGAACUUACAGAAUGAGGUCCAGGUUCAGUGCUGACUUGCUUGUAGCAAAUGUAAUUUAGCAUUAUAAAAUGGCAGAGCUUUCCUAAAUCAACUGCACUGUGAAAUUCUGUCUUUUCUGUUAUGCAGCUAUUGUAUUUUUAGGUGAAAUCACUAAUCAACUAGUGUUUAUGUUUCAACCAAACAUGUUAAUCAUUAACCGAAAGACUAAUCAGUGUUUGUUCAUUCCUGACGGUCAAACCAUGAAAAUGGUUAAUUUGGUUUAUUUUGUGUUUACCAGCACAUGAUCUACUGUAUAACACUGAAGCAAAUGUUAUAUAAAGUAAAAGAAAUAACUGAUAUUUUCUACUAUAGUCUUUUAAUCCUGUAGCAGACACAUUAACUCAUUUUUUGAUACCAAGCUGCCUGUUCUUGUCUAUAUCUACAGGACUUUAUCUAUGCACACAGCAUCUGAUUCAUGUGAAUGGACACCACUACAAUGCCUUGUAAAUCUAUUAUUUUGUUCUUGUUUCAAAGUAAAUAAGAAUGAUUUAUGUACAUGUAUUUUGUAUUUAUUGGUUUUAGAAUUGCAUUAAGCACUGAUCAAAUCAAAGGUUUGUAUUUUUCUGUAAGCAAAACCUUUUCUAUCAAAAAUAAAUCCAGUACUUUA